UAGAAAUAAAAAUCUCCAUAUGAAUAGAUAUCUUCUCUGUGGCUGAUAACAAAAAAUGGCAAAGAGAGGGGAAAGCUUGAGAGACAAAUCUAGAUGGAGUCUUGAAGGCAUGACUGCUCUUGUUACCGGUGGCUCCAAAGGCAUCGGAGAAGCUGUGGUGGAGGAACUAGCCAUGUUUGGAGCAAGAGUUCACACAUGUGCCAGAGACGAAACUCAGCUUCAAGAACGCUUACGUGAAUGGCAAGCCAAAGGGUUACAAGUCACCACUUCUGUUUGCGAUGUUUCUUCUCGUGACCAGCGAGUGAAACUCAUGGAAACUGUUUCCUCUCUCUUCCAAGGAAAACUCUACAUCCUCGUACCCAAUGUGGGAACGGGUGUGGUAAAGCCGACCACAGAGUGUACAUCAGAAGAAUUCUCUUUUAUAAUAGCUACAAAUCUGGAGUCAACUUUCCAUCUCUCGCAACUCGCGCACCCUUUAUUGAAAGCCUCUGGUUCAGGGAACAUUGUGCUCAUGUCUUCCGUUGCUGGGGUUGUAAGUUUGGGUAAUACAUCAAUCUAUGGAGCAACCAAAGGAGCCAUGAAUCAACUGGCUAGAAAUUUGGCAUGCGAGUGGGCGAGUGAUAACAUAAGGGCUAACUCUGUUUGUCCGUGGUUCAUCACAACUCCAUCAAGUAAAGAUUUUCUUGGUGAUAAAGAUGUAAAAGAAAAGGUGGAGAGUGUGACACCAAUGAGACGUGUUGGAGAGGCAAAUGAAGUAUCAUCGCUUGUAGCAUUUCUAUGUCUUCCUGCAGCUUCUUAUAUUACUGGUCAAACCAUUUGCGUUGAUGGAGGUUUCACUAUUAACGGCUUCUCUUUUUCUUAAACACGUAUAUAUAUGCUUAAAUUUUAUGUUAUUUGUGUUUCAAUCUAUACAAGUUAUAUAAUUUCUUGGGUAUUUGGACGAUGAGAAUCCAGAUUGCGUGAAGCUUAAAUUUGUAUCUCGUGCAUAUAUAAAUAAAAUUCGACGAGAUGUGGACACAAAUGCUUUUGCAAAUAAUAAAUUUGUUUUAUAA